AUGCCCGGUCAGGAGCCUGAGGACUUUGGAGCAGAAAUCCCAUCAGAAAAAUCCCGAAUGAUCCCUGGGCUCCCCCCGUACGACAUGGACGAGCAGCUCCUGCCCAGGCAGCCCCGCAGCCCCUGCUGCUGCCUGGCCUGGACCCUGCUGAUAGGAACCAUGAACUGCCUGGUUUUCCUCCUGAAUUUGCUCCUGAUGUUUGUGAUCUUCACCGUCGUGCUCCUUCCUACCAUCGUGGUGGUUUACUUUGGCUUCCAGUGCCACUCCCAGGUGCUGCACUCCUCCGCCCGCUACUGCAAGAGCCUCCUGGACGACAACAGCUCCUCUGCCCUCAUCAUCCUGGGCUUUGUCAUCAUGUCCCCGCUGCUGGUGGUGGCCAUGGCCAUCUACUGCAGCCUGGCCCGGCGCCUGCAGCUGCUGGUGUGCUUCCAGCCCUACAGCCUGGCCCUCUACAAGGGGGGCCGCUGCUGCUGGGCCAGGGGCUGCAGCCGCCAGCUCAAGGCCUGGGUGUGAGCCUGCAGCACCAGCGGGGUCCCCUCCCUGUGCCCCAUCAUCAUCAUCAUCAUCCUCGGCCCUCCGCGGGGAGGUGCCACUCCUCAGCCUGGGCACACUGUGGUGUAUCCCAAAAAAUCCCAAAAAUAUCCCAAAAAAUCCCCAAAAUCUGCAAUGGAGUGGAAACACACGUGGGACAGGUGUGGGGAGGGCAGGGCAGCUUCAUCCACCUAAAUCAAGGAAAUCACCCUCUGGAUUAUCCCCAGAAUCCCAGGACAGCUUCAUCCUUCCAAAUCCCCCUCUGGUUCAUCCCAAAAAUCCCCAAAAUCUGCAACAGAGUGGGAGACACAGAGUGGGACAGGUGUGGGGUGGGCAGGGCAGCUCCAUCCUCCUAAAUCACUCUGUGAUUUAUCCCAAAAAUCCCCCAAAUCUGCAAUGGAAUGGAGACACAGAGUGGGACAGGUGUGGGGUGGGCAGGGCAGCUCCAUCCUCCUAAACCACUCUGUGAUUUAUCCCAAAAAUCCCCAAAAUCUGCAAUGGAAUGGAGACACAGUGUGGGACGGGUAUGGGGAGGGCAGGGCAGCUCCAUCCUUCCGAAUCCCCCUCUUGUUUAUCCCAAAAAUCUGCAACUGAGUGAAAAUAUAGCAUGGGACGGGUGUGGGGUGGGCAGGGCAGCUUCAUCCUCCUAAAUCAAGGAAAUCACCCUGUGGUUUAUUCCAAAAAUCCCAAAAAUCUGGAACAGAGUGGAGACACAGCAUGGGACAGGUAUGGGGUGGGCAGGGCACCUUCAUCCUUCCAAAUCCCCCUCUGGUUUACCCCAAAAAUCCCAGGGAAGCUUCAUCCUCCUAAAUCACCCUCUGGUUUAUCCCAAAAAUCCCAAGGCAGCUUCAUCCUUCCAAAUCCCCCUGUGGUUUACCCCAAAAAUCUGGAACUGACUGGAAACACAGGUGGGACAGGUGUGGGGUGGGCAGGGCAGCUCCAUCCCCCCAAACCCUCUCUGCUGUUGUUUUUGGUGUUGUUUUUGGUGUUGUUUUUGGUGUUGUUCCUGCCGUCACUGCCUGCUGUCCCCUUUGUCCCCUUCAGAGCCAUUCCCAGUUUUCUGUACAAAUAAAGUUUGUGCCCAACCCCUC